AUGCCUACCAACCUCUCCGAAGACGAGAUCGACGAUAUGUUGUACUUUGCCCGUACGGGGGACAAGGAAGAAUUUAACACUGCAAAUGAAGAGCUCUGCAAAAGGGAAAAUAUUACCCUGGUCGAGUUGCUGGAAGCAGCGCGCGAUGAGCAGAGUGGAAAUGGAGUUUUGCAUAUGGCUGCAGCCAAUGGAUUCGAAGGUCUCUUAGAACAGAUCUGCAAAGCUCUCUCGAACCCCUCUCCACAGAACCCCGCGAUGCUAGCCAUUCUCAACGCACAAAACAAAGCUGGCAAUACAGCAUUGCAUUGGGCUGCUUUGAAUGGUCAUCUAGGGUCUGUCAAAGUACUUUUGGAUCAAGGAGCAGAUCCUACAAUCACCAAUCAGAGAGGUCAUGACCCGAUUUAUGAGGCCGAGUUGAAUGACAAGAAGGAUGUCGUGGAAUGGGUAUUAAGAGAGGGUGGCGACGAAUUGGAAGAAGGGGUCAGUGGAGAGACUGCUGGAGGUGCUGCGAAUGAGGGUGCUGAUGAGGACAUGGAAGUUGGCGAAGAUAAUGGCACAAACGGAGAAGCGUCCACAAAACUGGAAGAAAAGCUAAACCAGAUGGACAUCCAAGACGCCACUCCCAACACCUGA